AUGACCCCAAGGACGAUGAUCUCAAACGAAGUAUACCUCCUCCCCCUCAACGACGAUGGAUCGCCCCAGGUGGCUGGCGAGUACAUCUACAUCGCCCCCAAAACCCGCGAUCCCAUAAGCAUCCGCUUCGCCAUUGAAGGAACCUCGAGCAUCUGCCGCCAUGGCAGUCUGUGGGUUAACAUCCCGGAGGAAGGAGCAGAAUUUCGAAGGGACAAGUUCCGCGAGUUCAAGCUUGUGCCCGACUUCAACCACACGAUAGAGAUCUCCGUCCCCAUCACACAGGCUGGUGCCUUCGCCUUCUACACCACCUAUGCUGAGCUGCCCGAGCUGUCGAAGGACCUGGAUCCCAAAGGUUCAGGUAGCGCCAAUGCUGAGCGGAAGAAGACGCCCACAUACUACAUCGAUGUUGCUCCACGCCUCGUGCUCGACGGGCGGCCACUGCCUUUGCCCGCCCUCUCCACAUUCUCCAUCAUCAGCAAGUUCAUGGGCAAGUAUCCCCACGAUUGGGAACGGCACCUGCGAGGCAUCAGCGACAGGGGGUACAACAUGGUCCACUUCACCCCGCUGCAAGUGCGAGGCGCAUCGAACUCGCCAUAUAGCUUAUAUGACCAACUGGGCUGGGAUCCAAACUGCUUCCCCGAUGGCGAGAAGGACGUGCAGAAGAUGGUCGACAGUCUGGAGCAGAAUCACUCCUUGCUGAGUUUGACGGAUAUCGUUUUGAACCACACGGCGGAUAACAGCGCCUGGCUCUUGGAACACCCCGAGGCUGGCUACAACCUGACCACGGCACCAUGGCUGGAAUCUGCCUACUUGCUUGACACGAAGCUUGUCGAAGUAGGCCUCCGACUGGAGGAGCUUGAUUUGCCCACGGAAUUGAAGUCGACCGAUGAUCUUAGCCUCAUCAUGGACGCCAUUAAGAAACAUGUCAUUGGCGACAUCCGGUUGUGGGAGUAUUACGCCCUAGAUGUCGACCGCGACGCGGACGCUGCGGUCGAAUCUUGGGUGGUGGGCAGAACGUCGUUCCCUGAGAGCUCAAUCGAUGUUGGCGGCAUCGACGCCCUCCACUUGGCGAGCGUGAAAGACCAGGCCAGCUUCCUGUCCAAACACGGCCUGAAAGGGACCGACCGUCUAGGCGAGCGGUUUCGACGGAGGGUUGAUCCCAACAUCAGCGCAGCCUUGCUCUCCGUCAUCUACGGAAAGUACGAGGGAGAGGCUAGCGACGGCGCGGAUCAGACAGCUGUUCGCGUCAAAAUGGUUGAGAUCCUCGAAGCCGUGAACCUACCAUUCUACGAGGAAUACGACAGCGAGGUUGCCGAGAUUCUCCAGCAGCUCUUCAACCGCAUCAAGUACGUCCGGCUCGAUGAACAUGGACCGAAGCUUGGCCCCAUCGAUCGAGAGAACCCCCUCAUCGAGACCUAUUUCACCCGUCUCCCGGUAAAUGAGAAGACGUCAAAGCACAAGAAGACCGACCUCGUCCUUGUCAACAAUGGUUGGGUCUGGGCUGCAAAUGCACUGGUCGACAACGCUGGCCCCGAUUCUCGAGCAUACCUCAGGCGCGAGGUCAUUGUCUGGGGCGACUGCGUCAAGCUUCGGUACGGUAGUGGCCCGUCUGAUAGCCCCUGGCUCUGGGAACACAUGACCAAGUAUGCGCGCCUUCUGGCAAAGUACUUUGCUGGCUUUCGCAUUGACAACUGUCACUCCACGCCGAUCCACGUGGCCGAGCACAUCCUGGAUGAAGCUCGCCGGGUCCGUCCGGAUCUCUAUGUCGUAGCGGAGCUCUUCACAGGAUCUGAGGAGAUGGACUACGUCUUUGUUAAGCGGCUGGGCCUGAGCUCGCUCGUUCGAGAAGCAAUGCAAGCGUGGAGCACCGCCGAGCUGAGCCGUCUAGUGCACCGACAUGGCGGUCGGCCAAUCGGUAGUUUUGAGGUAGACGAGGUGUCCAAGGCCGAAGUGUCGAGCCCCGUCAUGGCCAAAGCCGAGGGACGCGACGGCACUGGGCUUUCCAGGGAGAUCAUUCGCCGAAUCAAGCCCGUGCCUGUUCAGGCCCUCUUCAUGGACUGCACGCACGACAACGAGGUCCCGGCACAGAAGAGAGACGCGCGGGAUACCCUGCCGAAUGCGGCCUUGGUCAAUAUGUGCGCGAGCGCAACCGGGAGCGUUAUGGGUUAUGAUGAGAUUUACCCGAAGCUGGUCGACCUGGUCAGCGAAACACGACUGUACACCUCGGAAUCGUCAGAGAAACCCGUCAAGGUCGGCGGUGGCAGGAAUGGCAUCGGCGGCAUCAAAAAGCUGCUUAACCAGAUUCACACCCUCAUGGGCAUGGACGGCUACGACGAGACACACAUUCACCAUGAGGACCAGUACGUGACUGUCCACAGGGUCCAUCCAGAGUCAAGGAAGGGCUACUUCCUGAUUGCCCACACCGCUUUCCCGGGUUACGGCAAUGGCAACGGCUCCUUCAACCCGGUCCACCUGGCUGGGACUCGAGCCCGGCAUCUCGGGAGCUGGAUGUUGGAGGUUGAUGACAGCGAGGAGGCCAAGAAGAGUGCCCUGGGUGACAAGAAAUACCUCCGCGGCUUGCCCAGCCGAGUCAUUGAUCUCCCCGGCAUUCGAAUGGAGGUGGAUGGUAGCGAUACCAUCAUCACUGUUCGCGAAAAAUUCCCGCCCGGUAGCAUCGCACUCUUCGAGACUUGGACGCCCGCAGCAGACCACUGGGCCGGCCUCGAUAACUUCGUAACUUCCGGCGCAGGGGAGGCGAUGAAGGACCUUGACCUGGUCGACCUCAACUUUCUUCUGUACAAGUGCGAGGCCGAGGAACGGGACGCCAGCGGCGGCCAGGACGGCGUCUACGAUAUACCCGGAUACGGGAAGCUCGUAUACGCCGGGCUGCAAGGCUGGUGGAGCCUUCUUAAGGGCAUCAUAAAGGACAACAAUCUUGCUCACCCGCUCUGCCAAAACCUGCGCGACGGCCAGUGGGCUCUGGAUUACACCGUCGGACGUCUCGAGCGAGCGUCGAAGCAGGACCGGCAUUCAAGGUUGAGCAAGCCCGCUGCCUGGCUGAAGGAACGCUUUGAUGCAAUCCGUCCUAUUCCCAGCUCCCUCCUCCCUCGGUACUUUGGCCUUGUCCUGAGGACUGCGUACAUGGCUGCCUGGGAGCGCGGCAUGUCGCUCAUGAAUGACGACGUGCGGCGAGGCCAGUGGUUCUUGCAGAGCCUUGCCAUGGUCAGUGUCCAAGAAACGGGCCUUGUCCAGUCUGCAUCGCUGUAUCCAGGCCGUCUUGUCCCGUCUCUUGCCGCGGGGUUGCCCCAUUUUGCAGUCGAGUGGGCCCGUUGUUGGGGCCGCGAUGUAUUCAUCUCGCUCCGCGGGCUGUACCUCGGGACUGGUCGCUUUGCGGAGGCCAAGGAGCACAUCCUCGCCUUCGCGAGCGUUCUCAAGCACGGCAUGAUCCCCAACCUCCUGUCCAGCGGCAGCCUCCCGAGAUACAACUCUCGCGAUUCCAUCUGGUUCUUCCUGCAAUGCAUCCAAGACUAUAUUGGCAUCGUCCCCGACGGGCUGUCGCUUCUGGAUGAGAAGGUCAAACGGCGCUUCCUGCCGUAUGACGACACUUGGUUCCCUGUCGAUGAUCCUCGAGCGUAUAGCAAGGAGAGCACCAUCCGCGAGGUCAUCCAGGAGGCGUUGCAGCGACACGCCGAGGGGAUGAAGUUCCGCGAGGCAAAUGCUGGCCCGGGAAUUGAUUCGCAGAUGAAGGAUGAAGGGUUCAAUCUUGAAAUUAAGGUGGAUUGGAGCAACGGCAUGGUAUUCGGCGGCAACCAGCACAACUGCGGCACCUGGAUGGACAAAAUGGGGGAGAGCGAGCGGGCAGGCAGCAAGGGCGUCCCUGGGACGCCCCGCGACGGCGCAGCUAUCGAAAUCAUCGGUCUCCUCUACAGCACGGUGAAAUGGCUUGCGAACCUGCAUGAGGCGGGCAACUUCUCCCACUCGGGAGCCAAAAAGGCCGACGGGACCGAGAUAUCUUACGCAUCGUGGGCGGAGCUCAUCAAGGCCAACUUCGAGCGCUGCUUCUACGUCCCGCUCUCGCCCUCCGAGGACGGCCAACACGAUGUUGACGAGAAGCUCGUCCGGCGGCGCGGCAUCUACAAGGACCUGUACAGGUCCGGCAAACCACACGAGGACUACCAACUGCGGCCCAACUUCGCCAUCGCCAUGACGGCGGCGCCGGACCUCUUCGAGCAGGACCACGCCAUGCACGCCCUCUGGGUCGCCGACGGCGCCCUGCGCGGGCCCACGGGCAUGGCGACCCUCGACCCCGAGGACCCAGAGUACCGCCCCUACUACCGCAACUCGGAGGACAGCGGCGACUUUGCGACCAGCAAGGGCCGCAACUACCACCAGGGGCCCGAGUGGCUCUGGCCGACGGGCUUCUUCCUUCGAGCGCUCCUCCGGUUCGACCUGCGGAGGCGGGACCCCGGGGACGCCGAGGGCCGCACCGAGGCCUUCCAGCAGGUCACCCGGCGGCUCGCCGGGUGCAAGCGCAUGAUAGGCGAGAGCCCGUGGGCCGGGCUGACGGAGCUGACCAACAGGGACGGCGAGGAGUGUGCCGAUUCGUCACCGACGCAGGCUUGGUCGGCCGGUUGCUUGAUCGACCUGUACAUGGAUGCGGCGGAGGAGCAGGCGCGGGCCGCGGCUCUGCCCCUGAGGUGA